GCUGUGAGGAGCUCUAAAAAUUUCCAGCUUGUACUGAGGAUCCCAAGCCAAGGCUUCUCCGUGCCUGCAGGCAUCUGCUUCCUGGUACCUGCCCUGGAAAGUUCAAGGUGCACCAAGCAGACACUUCAUUGGCCCCCACGGCCCUUGUAUGUCAACAAUGUGGCUGAGUGCUCUGGUCUGGAUUUGUCUUGCUGUUUGCACAGCUUGGGGGCACCCAUCUUUACCACCUGUGGUGGACACCAUGCACGGCAAAGUCCUGGGCAAGUACAUCAGCCUAGAAGGCUUCCCACAGCCUGUGGCCGUUUUCCUGGGCGUCCCCUUUGCCAAACCUCCUCUUGGAUCCCUGAGGUUUUCUCCACCACAGCCUGCAGAGGCAUGGAGCUUCGUGAAGAAUGCCACCUCCUACCCUCCCAUGUGCUCCCAAAAUGCAGUUGGUGGACAGAUGCUUUCAGAGCUCUUUACUAACAGAAAGGAGAACAUUCCUCUCAAGUUUUCUGAAGACUGUCUCUACCUAAAUAUUUACACUCCUGCCGACUUGACAAAGUACAGUCGAUUGCCUAGGAUUAGGAAGGAUGUGUGGCGCCUUUAUCCUCAGGCCAGCUGUGAUAACUUCUACUGCCAGGUGAUGGUGUGGAUCCAUGGAGGUGGACUGAUGAUGGGUGGGGCAUCAACCUAUGAUGGACUGGCCCUCUCUGCCCAUGAAAAUGUAGUGGUGGUGACCAUUCAGUACCGCCUAGGCAUCUGGGGAUUGUUCAGCACAGGAGAUGAACACAGCCAGGGUAACUGGGCUCACUUGGACCAGGUGGCCGCACUGCGCUGGGUGCAGGACAACAUUGCCAACUUUGGGGGGAACCCAUAUUCUGUGACCAUAUUUGGAGAAUCAGCAGGAGGCGCAAGCGUCUCUAUUCUUGUUUUGUCUCCUUUAGCCAAGAACCUCUUUCACAGGGCCAUUUCAGAGAGUGGUGUAGUCCUCGCUGCUGACCUGGUCAAGGACACCUGGUCUACGGCCGAGCUAAUUGCUGCUAAAGCUGGGUGUAAAACCACUACAUCAGCUGUCAUGGUUCACUGCUUGCGCCAGAAGACAGAAGAUGAGCUCUUAGAGACCACACUGAAAUUGGAGAAAGAGGAUAUUUUCCUGUCCACUGUGAUUGAUGGAGUGGUGCUGCCAAAGUCACCAGAAGAGAUUCUGGCUGAGAAGAAUUUCAGCAUUGUGCCAUACAUAGUGGGCAUCAACAAGCAAGAGUUUGGCUGGUUCAUUCCAAUGAUGAUGGGAGAUCCAUUCUCUGAAGGCAAAAUGGACCAGAAGAUGGCCAGUUCCCUAUUACAGAAAUUCCGCUCUGAUCUUAUCAUUUCUGAGAAUCUUAUUCCAGUGGCCACUGAGAAGUAUUUAGGAGGAUCAGAUGACCCUGUCAAAAACAAAGAGAGGCUCCUGGACUUGUUCGGAGACGUGUUGAUGGGCGUCCCAUCUGUGCUCAUGUCCCGUGGUCUCAGAGGUGCAGGGGUCCCAACCUACAUGUAUGAGUUUCAGUAUCGUCCAAGCUUCGCAUCAGACAUGAGACCCAAGACAGUGAUAGGAGACCAUGGCGACGAGAUCUUCUCCGUAUUUGGGGCCCCGUUUUUAAAAGAUGGUGCCUCGCAAGAGGAGAUUAACCUCAGCAAGAUGGUGAUGAAAUUCUGGGCCAACUUUGCUCGGAAUGGGAACCCUAAUGGGAAGGGCUUGCCACACUGGCCAGAGUAUGACCAGAAAGAAAGCUACUUGCAGAUCGGCACAACCACCCAGCAGGCCCAGCGGCUUAAAGGGGAAGAAGUGGAUUUCUGGACUGAACUCUUGGCCAAGAAACCUCUUCAGACAGAACACACUGAGCUGUGAAUGGGGGGCUCUAUCAGCCUUGGGAGACCAGAGGAGACAAGAUGGGACUUUUCCACUUUGGUUAACCAAAGGCCUUCCUAAGAAGACUGCAGAACUGUGUAGUGGGGGUGAGCAGAAAAUGAGGAGGGCUGUCUACACCUCAAUUUGGAGAAUAAAUUUUCAUAUGGAAAUAAAAUCAGGAACUGUG